AUGGCUUCAGUUUCAGAAUUGUAUCAAGCAACUGCAACACGGUUUAGUGUUGCAGGGCGGGUACUUUACAUCCCAUAUGUCUUGUUCAGGAUCUUUUUGCAAUGGGUUCACUUAACAUUUCUUGACACAAGAACAACGAUCCGGCAUCGCGCCUCUGUCCUGAUGGCCUCAAUAUUCAUGGCCGAAAAUGACUCCAAGUCACUUUCUGAGGCUCUUGACUCCACAAGGUAUCAAAACAGACUGGCUUCCACAAAUUUGACUCGUCCCGUUGAUGAGGAGAUUAGGUACAUCUUUGAUCCUAUAGAGAACAUCAUUGACAUACCUAGGCUGGCCAGUAUUGUCUGGCUCAGAACGGAUUAUUACUAUGAUCGUUACGUUGUCCAUGCCUUGUUUUGUUUCUUGCACAGGUUUGUGGGUACCAGAACGCCAUACUUGUACAGACCAUCGUGGAUAAGCAAGCCGACUUCACGUAAUUCACCAGCUCAACAAGCCGAUUUUGAGGAGCUGGACUUCCAGCCAAGAGAAUAUUGUCUGAAUUCAAUGUCUAGAAAAACUGAUAGUCCAGGGGUCUCUAAUUUCGUCUCUCCUGCUAUCAGAGAUAGAGAAUCUCGUGUGGCUUCUAAGUCAGAACAAGGGUCAUUUGCAAACGCGUGUCCUUAUAUCACCACACAAGAGCCUUUGCUAAAUUUUGAGAAGAUUUCAUCCUCAUACAUGUCACCAGAGAAGCCUUACAAACCUAUCUCACAGGAAGGUCAUUCUUCAGGGGCAUCCAGAACCAAGAAGAAACUGAAGAUUCGUUUCAAGCGUGUGGUUGAUGUUCCAGUACUCUCAGUCACUGACUACCAAAGUGUGAGACAUGCAAUAGAAAAGCUCUUGGAUCAACCUGGCUAUGAUGAUGGUUCCAUAGGACCCAAUUUGGUAAGGUUCGGUUGGCAUUGUUGUGCUACGUAUGACAAAAGAGACGGUACUGGCGGUUCAAACGGAGGAACAAUGAGGUAUCUAUAG